GAUUUCGAUAAUUCUUUUUUAUUUGAAAGCUGGUACUUCUCCUGUGGUCCCAUAUGAAUUUGAUCAAGGUCAGACCAAAAGUUUUUGAGUUAUUCUUAACAACUUAUAUUGAAGUCGGCUGUACAUAAUUUUUAAUUUUUAAUUAUUUACAUAAUGUAAUGCGCUUAUGCGUCACAUAACUUAGAAGUUUGAUCCUUAUCAAAUACAAUACCAGAGAUACAGAAACACACACCGUAUACAUAUUUCUAGAACAAAUAAUCUAUGCCCACGCUGCCUAUAAUCUAAAAGUAAAGUUACAGCCUAUAUACGUCCUACUGCUGGGCACAGGCCUCAUCUCUCUUCUGAGAGGGUUUUUACCUCAUCAUUCAUCAUCAUCAUUACAGCCCUUCACAAGUCCACUGCUGAACAUAGGCCUCCCCCAGGGAAUGCCAAAAGGCACGGUCCUGAGCCACCUGCAUCCAUAGACUCCGAGCAUAGCCCUUUCCAUAGCUCGCUGAGCGACCUUGAGCUUCCUCAUCCGGCCAGCAGUGAAGGACCACGUCUCAGUUCCGUAUGUCAUCAAAGGCAACACGCACUGAUUGUACAAGUCUCGUUUUCAAGUUUUGAUGUAUACCUGACGAGAAGAUGUGCCGUAAUUUCCCGAACGCCGCCCAACCGAGUUGAAUCCGUCGAUUGACCUCUCGGUCGAAGUUGGACUUACGUAGUCGGACUAUUUGUCCCAGGUAAACAUACUCGUCAACAACUUCGAGCUUAGUGCUCCCAACAACUACCGGCAUAGGUGUGACUUGUCCAUGUUCAUCUUAAGACCUAUCCGCUGGGAAGCACUAUUGAGGUCAUUGAGCAUAGUGCUUAGGUCCUCCAGCGAUUCUGCCAUAAGGAUUAUAUCGUCGGCAAAUCGAAGGUGAGUGAUUUACUCGCAAUUGACGUUGAUACCGUAUCCGUUCCAGUCCAGAAGCUUGAAAACGUCUUCGAAGUUGCGGGGAUAUGACGUCACCCUGUCUUACACCUCUCUGCAAUUGGAUAGGUUUCGUACUCCGGUUCUGUACUCCGAUAGCCAUCGUAGCCCUACUGUACAAGCACUUCAGCACUUCGAUAUACCGACAGUCCACUUGGCACCGCUGAAGGGACUGCAGCACCGCACAAAUUUCGACGGAAUCAAAGGCUUUCUCAUAGUCCACAUACGCCAGACAUAGUGGCAAAUUGUACUCCUCUGACUUUUGUACAAUUUGCCGAAGGGUAUGUAUGUGGUUAAUGAUGCUAAAGCCUUUUCGGAAACCGGCUUGUUCGGGAGGCUGGAAGUCGUCAAGUCUGCGCGCGAGACGAUUCGUAAUGACUCUCGAAAACAGCACGUAGACGCGGCUCAGAAGGGAAAUCGGUCUGUGGUUCUUCAAGAGAGCGUUGUCGCCUUUCUUGAAGAACAAGACCACCGCACUUCUGCUCCACGCCUCCGGUGUAAUGCCACCAUGGAGGACGGAAUUAAAGAACUUCUGAAGGACUUCAAGUACCGGUUUUCCACCAGCUUUCAGAAGCUCCGCUGUAAUUCCAUCCUCGCCUGGGGCCUUGCCGUUUUAAUGUGCUGGAGAGCCAUUCUAAUCUCGCUCAGACUGACGUCCGGGAUAUCAUCGGAAUAAUGUCGGAUAAGACUCGCUCUUGGAUCGUUACUCACACUCGCGUGUGGCUCCAACGAUGACGUGUACAGCUGCCCAUAGAACCUCUCAAUCUCACUCAAAAUCUCAGGUGCCCCGGAAACGAUGCUGCCACAUUGUGUCUUCAGCUUUGACAGUUGGCUCUUUCUGGCAGACAGAUCUCUGGCAAAGACUUUGGAGCCUUGGUUCCGCUCGAUCGCUUCUUCAAUACGAGCUGUAUUGAAGUUGCGUAAGUCCCGCCGCAUGCAUUUGGAGAUCUGUCUGUUCAGUAGCCUGUAUGUUGUCAAAUCUGUUGAAGAAUGUAGCUUCAUCUCCCGUCUAACACCCAUGAGAUUAAGAGUGUGAUCGGAGAGUUUUUGUGUUCUUCUGCGGCGGGUCUUGCGGAACUUAGCUCCGACCGCAUGGACAGUUUCCACGAGCUUGUCAUUCAUAUCCUCCACUUCAUUGCAGUCUUCUAGGCACUGAAAACCGUUUUGUAACUCGAGCUGAAAGGUUUCGGGACUUUGGAUUAGAGCACCGCACACCGCACAGAUAGGUUUUUACCUACUUAUAAUCUAAUACGUCCUAACACAACGCAACAUUCUCGCCUAUUGUGUCACAGAUUUGUUUCAAUAAGGUUGACAAACGAGCAUACAGUCCAUCUGGUGAUAGUGGAUGUUGUGACCAAUAGAAAUCUACAUACCCCUGAGCACAAUGAAUACACACAAGAGUGAACUCCUCGUAUCCAUUAAAAGAUAUCUUUGGUUUUUUACACUCAGCAUGCAAAACAUAGCAGCUUAAUGCUAUUUUAUUUCUGUUAUUCUGUGAAAGCGUGGUCUUUCCCCGAUCGAGUCGACCCACUCGUGCUACAACCAUAAUAUAACUGCAGUGUGGCUUUACCACGAAAAAAAUUGAGAACCCUUAUAAACUCGGAGAACAUGAAUCCUUAACAAUCAAAAUAUAACAUCGGACCAACAAAGUAAGAUUGACGGUACACUACAUACAUUUCUACUGACGCCAAAACCAGGCCCCACUUCUUGAUAUACAAUCACACACACACGAACACACACACACAUAUCUCUCUUUAUUUAUCAACCCGUAAAAAGUCUCUGCUGGACGCACACAUAUGCACCUAACCUAAAACCAUUUGGUUUUUGGUUGCAAACGAAUUUACAUGUUAGAUGCAUAUGCGUGAGUACGUAUUCUUACAAUAAAUUAAACACUGUUUUUGCUUGGUUUAACGUCACUUGAAAUGUAUGUAGAUAUGUUUAUAUUUUCUUGUUGGUCUGAGUAUAAAUAUAUAAUAAUAUGCAUGUGCACUGUAUUCUUUUUGACCGAGGUGCAGUGCAACUUUACAUCUGUGAUUGGGUCACUAAAAACAAAGUGGAUAGUUAACCUUAUCCAUAGACUAAGCUUAUAUCUUUAAGACCCUUAAUUACACAUUUUUGGAUGUCUUUACCAGAUGAUAAGGCUCCGUUUCUGCCUUUAUUUUGGUCUGUAGAGAACCUUAAGCAAGAAAUGUACAUUUAUGAAGGAAAAGGAAAAGAAAAGAUGCAUUCUAUCUUAGUCCUCACGGGUGACGAUGCAUCUGCAUUUUGGUUCUUAAUUAAGACAUCUACAUGUAGUAGAUGUAUAUGGAUCGCAACCACUUACCAUCAAGUGGACUGUGUGCUCGUUUGUCACCCUAUCCUAUAAAAAAAUAUUUCUGCUAUUUCUAGCGCCAGUAAACAGCACUCCACUUAUUGUCAGGUGGAUAAAAUAACAGAUUUUAUCACUUAAUGUUAUGAACCUCCUACCUCUACUUAUAUCAUUUAUAAUUAACAGCAGACCAAGCAGCGCCCGUGAAAACAAAAUUCAAGUACUGGGGCUGGACCGGUGACAACAUGUACUUCAUACGAGGCAGCAACGACAAUAUAUCCAUUGGCGCCGGCGACGGCAAAUUCGGUCUUUGGUUGGACGGCGACUUGUAUCAGGGCCGCACGCAGCGUUGCACCACGUACGGCAACGAACCAUUGACGACUAGCGAAGAUUUCAUCGUCAAGAUCAUGGAGUGCUGGACCUUCAUCUGAGCGCAAUAUUGCGAUCCGAGCGCUCCAAACGUUCAAUUCACAUCAAUAUAAGCUUUAGACUAUCUUAUGAACAUUUGCUAGGAAGAUUUGACACUUUUACAAGUCAGUCUUUUCAAACUUUAGUACCGAUGAGUCUGAAAACGAUUUUGUAUUCGCAUCGACUCUUUGGCGAUGCGUUAACGUUGUCGAGACGUGCACGCGCUUUUCUAGUCAAACGUACUGAAACUUGACCAAUGUUUUCAUUCUCUCCGAAUUUAGGCGCGUUCGGACCGAGUACCGCUCGGCGUUGCGAACUGGAGCAAGUGCAUUAAACCUAGUCAAUUGUCGUUCGUAUGUAAGUGGGGUUGGUCGGGACGGUAGGAGGGGUCGGGGGGAGUGGGUAGACCGCAGUUUGCUUGCGGUGUCCACGCGAACACAAACCGCACUGCCUUCACUGUUGCAGCCGGUUUGCGAUACGUACGCGAACGUACACCGGAGACGCGCCCGCACGCGAACGGGCGACGUUCCCAUAUAAUCACGUGUCAAUUCAUAUAAUUAUACUGUGCGUUGUUAAGAAUACUAAGAACAUAUUUGUAACGAUUAAUAUCACUGUAUUAUGUUAAAGUAGGGGUUUAUUAUGAGAUUGAUCGUUGUGUUUAGAAAGCAAUGAUCACAUUGGCCACCCGUGAUUCUCUUGCUGGCGACACAAACGCGUUCUGGUAACGUAAUUUCAAAAUCGACGCGUGGCCGUAACCAUGAAUUGGAAAUAAUAUACUAUAUACAAAAUGCAUUUUAGCCGAAGACAUCAACAGAAAAAAAUAUAUAAUUAAAUAUAUUUAGUCGUUUGUAAUGAUGUGUAAUGUUUUGUUUGUCGUCAUGUCUAUGUGUUGAGUCAUAAUGUUUAAGUAAGUGAGCAUAUUUAAUGUUACACUUUCACUGUGAUUUGAUUAAUAUGGUUGCAUUUCAUUAUAAUGUAUGAAGCGUUACAAUUUUAACUAUAUUAGUUGUUACCAAAUUUAUUUAUGACAAUUAUUCAAUUGUUUUCAUUCCAAAAUUAAAUUAAAUACCAAAAUAUUAAAAUGAUAUAUUUGAUUACUGAAUAAAUUCUAGGAGUAAAUAAUAUGUUUUGAUGCAACGCUUCACGAAUGGUAGCCGAUAUAUUAUUAUAACAUUAAUUAUCAUAGGAAAGAAUAAAUUAUAGUUGUCUUCUAGAGCUUGAUCAAUGUAAACGUCAUUGUGCUUAGUAAUUGUGUCACUUAGCAUGAAGUUACUCAGAUUUAUCUGGUCGUACGAAAUUAUUUAUUUAGCUAUGUAAGUACAUUGCUACCAGCACAGCAGCACCAUAGGCUAUGCGCUAUGAGGACAGCACUGGCAGCCGAGGGGAAAAAGUAUUGUUUGUAAAUGACGAUUGUGGAUGCAUUUGUUUAUAGCUUGGUGCUGGAAAACGCAAUUAUUCACGUAAAUCCCUGUUGAAAUAUACAGAAUGAUCAUCGAAUAUACAAUGAAUUUCGGCUAUGAUUUCCAUAAAGUGUAAAUUUUAAGCCACUCUACGUUUUAUAGGGGCUUAAAUAUUUUAUCCGUGAUGAAUUCAAGUAGCUUUAAGGAUGUUCAUGUCACUACUUAUUACAUUCAUGUCGCUAAGCAUAUAUGCCAUAUAUAUUGUAACAAUGAAACAUCACUAUUUUAUAUAGACCCGUGUAUUGAGUAUUCAGCGUACUGCAGGAAUUAACUUACAUUCUGUUUUAAUAGAAAGUUAGAACACUUAUCACAUUGAGUAACAAGCUUACAACAGCUUAAGCUCAAAAAUAUUUUUAACUAUAUAAUUAAAUAUCUCACUAUUUUAUAUCUAUUAAAACAUUACAAUAAUUUUCAUUAAAAAAUCUCACUGGCGGGUCUAGAUUUAUAGUGGUAAUGUGAAACAUUUCCUAAUUGAGAUUAUUGGUGAUUUAUUUAUUUGUUAUGAAAUUGUUGCUACAUAGUUUUGCAAUAUAUUGGUCAUAGUAGGAAUGAGCGAGUGAUCAUAACGCUAAUAAAGUUAUUUAUGCAUAACCAUCAUUAGUGCAAUCUAAUCGGAAAUUUUCAAUCCAUGCAAAAUACUAUAAACGUUGUUGUUUGUCACCAAGAAUGUAUUAGAGUCAAAACUAGGUUUAUAAUAAAUUUUAUCGGCAUAAUUAUUGUUAAAAAUUUAUAAUAAUUAAAUUGUUGAGUAGCAGUGAGAUAUAUAUAUAAAUACUUAUUUAUUCUGUUAUUAUUUUUAGUUAGAUUCUGUAGCUGUAUUAUUUUACUGGUGAUCUAUUAUGUAACUUCUAAGUUGUUAAAAUAUAAAUCAAGCCAUAAUAACUGAGAAUAUAUUCUU